CAAGAUGCCAAUUGUGAAUGAGCAAGGUGAGCGGAUGAGGAAGUUCAAAAACAGAGGCAAGGAUGCAGCUGCACUUAGGAGGCAGAGAGUGGAGGUGAACAUAGAGCUUCGGAAGGCCAAGAAGGAUGAGCAGAUUCUGAAACGCAGAAGCAUUUCAAUCACUUCCAUGGAGGAGAGUCUCUCUCCAGGACAAGAGAAGAAGAAUGCAGUUAUUCAGCUGUCAUUGGAGGAAAUAGUUGAAGCUGUGAAUGGGAGCAAUACUGAGCUACAGCUGCAGGCUACACAGGCAACCAGGAGAAUGCUGUCCAGACAAAGGGACCCACCUCUCAAUCAGAUCAUUGAAUUGGGGAUUAUCCCCAGACUGGUUGAAUUCUUAACCCGUGCUGACAAUGCUCCUCUGCAGUUCGAAGCGGCCUGGGCACUGACUAACAUAGCAUCUGGCACCUCAGACCACACCAGAGCAGUGGUGGAAGGAGGUGCUAUCCCAGCCUUCGUCUCCCUCCUGUCCUCCCCACACAUGCAUAUCAGCGAGCAGUCUGUGUGGGCACUGGGCAAUAUAGCAGGUGAUGGUCCUCUGUACAGAGAUGCCCUUAUCAAUUGCAAUGUGAUUCCUCCCUUGCUGGCUCUGGUGUCACCUGUAACUCCAGUUGGGUUCCUGAGAAACAUCACAUGGACGCUGUCAAACCUCUGUAGGAACAAGAAUCCCUACCCUCCCCUGGAUGCAGUGAAGAAGAUGCUGCCAGUCCUCAUCUGCCUCAUGCAACACGAAGACAAGGACGUAAUUUCUGACUCCUGCUGGGCUGUGUCCUAUCUGACUGAUGGCUCCAAUGAUCGCAUCCAAAUUGUGGUUGAUACAGGGAUUCUCCCGAGGCUGGUGGAACUUAUGGCCAACCCAGAGUUGAUCGUUAUGACUCCAGCCCUCCGUGCCAUUGGGAAUGUAGUCACAGGGACUGAUGAACAGACCCAGGCAGCUAUUGAUGCUGGUGUCUUGGCUGUCCUGCCUUAUCUCUUGCGACAUGCAAAGCCAACUAUACAGAAGGAAGCAGCAUGGACUCUCAGUAACAUUGCAGCAGGGCCUUGUCGGCAAAUCCAGCAACUCAUUACUUGUGGAUUAUUGCCACCUCUGGUGGAGCUGCUGGAUAAGGGAGACUUCAAAGCUCAGAAAGAGGCUGUGUGGGCUGUGGCCAACUUCACGACAGGAGGCACUGUGGAGCAGGUGGUAGAACUUGUCCAGUCUGGGGUGCUCAAACCUCUGCUUGACCUACUCUCAGCCAAAGAUAGCAAAACUAUCUUGGUCAUCCUGGAUACCAUUGCAAAUCUCUUCCUGGCAGCUGAGAAGCUGGGAGAGACAGAAAGACUGUGUCUCUUAGUAGAAGAACUUGAUGGUCUGGAGAAAAUUGAAGCCUUGCAAACCCAUGACAACAACAUGGUCUACCGAGCUGCACUGAGUAUCAUAGAGAAAUACUUUGCUGGUGAGGAGAAUCCAGAUUUGCAGCCUGGGACUGACCAGGAUGGGCAACUAUAUGACUUCUCAGUGGAGAAGCAAGACUUCAACUUCUGAAGAUGAAGCACUAGAAAGCACUGA